GUGACAGACACCAUUGACAAACAUACAGCUCCCUUUUGCACGCUUGUCACAGCACCAACAAUCAGAGUUGGUUGAACAGAGUUCUCUCUGUGAUUGCAUUUACCUGGGAAUCUUCUAAGAUCUUUAUAUAAGCUGGAGACCCCUUUUUUGCUGGAGAAUAAUCUUCAAGGUUGUCUUUUACUUCAAGAACAAACACAAAAGGACUUCAUGCUCCCAAGAACUUUCGAUCAAAUGUGCGACUGCAAAGUGUUGAGAUAUCUUCUAGAACAAUCCCACAAUGCUUUUAGGACUACGUAACUUCCAGUAUGGGUUUCCUCCCUGUGUAAUUGUUCUGAGUCAGCUGCCCUUCCUGAUUUCCUGACUUUGUCAUUUCUACCUCCUCGUAUUGUAAGGAAUUUUCAGUGAUUCCUGUUCCAAAGAAGAAAAGACUUCAAACAUUGGAGCAGACGAGGAAUUCUUCUUCAGGAUUCAUAUGGUGCAGCACUGAGUGGACCCUCACUCCUUUCAAGGAAGAUUGCUGCAUGACAAUUUUCGCUCUCCCCCCGGCCAUCUCUGCAGCACAGUAUGGCCCCCUGUAACGAACAAUGACUGACCUUGGAGGAUUGCAGAGGCCCAAAGAACAGAGCAUUAGACCCCUUUUCUAUGGUCUGGUUGCCCAUCUUCUCUCUCAGAGGUGACGACUUUCAUUAGCAAACCUAGUACUGACAAUCCUUCCCUGCCUUCCCCCCUCACCCUCAACACACCAGCUUGGACCACUCAUCGUCCUGGACACCAUGUAGUAGGGCUUCAACGGGUUGUGACGAUUGAGUUGCAAUGGUUUUACACACUUCCCCAUUUCCCUGUUGCUGUCUGUCUAUUCUACAUCGCCUUUCUUGGGCUCUGAUCUGCCCAUUUUACUGGCUUGUGGACAGACUUGUAGCCUCCUGGAUACCAACUACCAAUGAGAAGUGCCAAAGGGGGUCUCUGUGCUGGGCCCUCCGCUUUAUCUUCACCACACCCAUUUACUUGGCUCUCUGUACUCUGUCAAUACCCAGUGCCAUAUUUGGGUUUCUUUUGUGGAACCCUCUCCAGCUAUGUAGGCGACCAUACAUCUAUUCUAGGCUGGAAGACAAGAGCCAGGCCAGUGGUACUAUACUUCUCAAUGAAUGGAAGGCCUCGGGCCCUGGGAAAAGUUUCUGUUUCGGCACUGCCAACGUCUGUCUCCUCCCUGAAUGCAUGGCAAGGGUGAACAAUCUUUCCAACACACAAGACCGGGCCAAAGAAAUUGGGCAGAGAAUCCGAAAUGGAGCCAGUAGGCCCCAGAUCAAAAUAUACAUAGACUCCCCGACAAACACCUCUAUCAGUGCAGCGAGCUUCAGCAGUCUGGCGUCCCCCCAGGGCAGCGACGGCCCCAACAAAGCUGUCAAUGUGGGCAUCAAGAGAACGACCUCCAUGGAGUACAAGGGUGACAACGGGAGUCCAAACAACAGCGAAGAGAACCGGAACCCCAAAAGCGGUGGGGACUUUCAUGACGUUGAAGACAACGCCUGCAUCAUCCGGAUCGGAGGAGAGGACGGCCAGCUGUCUGAUCCAGAAGCCGACGGCACUGGUGACUGCCAGAUGGAAACUCCUCCAGAGAAUAAAGCAGAGAGCCAGAAGGGCCAAACCCCCAACCAUAAGGCCAAGGAAGGGGACGCUGGGAGCUUAGACAGCUACACCGCAUCGAGAGAGUCCCUGGUGAAGGUCCGGAUUGGGGAGAGCACCACAGACCAAAGCUCUGUCAACAACAAGUUGCUCCACAAGACUUCCACGCUCAAGAAGACCUCGCUGCGAAAAAAGAAGCAUACAGAUGAGAUCUUCGACCAUGAGAUCUCUGCCUUCUUCCCUGCCAACUUGGACUUCCUGUGCUUGCAGGAAGUGUUUGACAAAAGAGCAGCAGGGAAAUUGAAAGACCAGCUCCACCAAUAUUUUGAAUACAUUCUGUACGACGUCGGGAUCUACGGCUGCUGUUGCCCCUGUGAGAUCCUGAGCAGCUCCUGCCCCUGUAAGAUCCUCAACAGCGGCCUCCUUUUUGCCAGCCGCUACCCGGUUAUGGACGCCGUCUAUCACUGUUACCCCAACGGAGGAGGGACCGAUGCCUUUUCUUCAAAGGGAGCCUUGUUUGUUAAGGUACAAGUGGGAAGUACACCUCAGGACCAAAGAAUCGUGGGAUAUAUUUCCUGCACCCACUUGCAAGCUGAAGGAGAAGACAGCACCAUUCGAUGUGAACAGCUGAAUCAGCUUCAGGAUUGGCUGGCUGAUUUCCGAAAAUCUACCUCCUCCUCCAGCACAGCCAAUCCCGAGGAGCUAGUGGCGUUCGAUGUGCUUUGCGGAGACUUCAACUUUGACAACUGCUCUUCUAAUGACAAGCUGGUACAACAGCACUCCCUGUUUACACACUACAAGGACCCCUGCCGCGUUGGGCCAGGGGAGGAUAAGCCAUGGGCAAUCGGUACUUUUUUAAAACAAGAUCGCCUCCAUGACGAGGAGGUGGGCACCCCAGACAAUCUGCAAAAGGCUCUGGAAAGUGAAGAAGGGAGGAAAGAAUAUAUUGACUAUCCCACCAGCAAGAGCCAUCCUUCCAACCAGAAGGUCUUGGUGAAAGGCAAUGGCAGGAGGAUUGACUACAUGCUCUACUCUGAGGAGGGGCUCUACCUGGAAUGGAAAGUGGAAGUGGAGGAAUUCAGUUUUAUUACCCAGUUAGCAGGUCUGACUGACCACCUACCCGUGGCCAUGCGCCUGAUGGUCAACACUGGCGAGGAAGAGGUGUAGAUGGGCCAGCCCCACGGUCAGUCAGGACCCAGGCCAGCCUAAGAAGACCUGGUCUAUGUUCUUGGGAUACGAAGGACUUUUUUCCAGUGAAACGUGAGCCAGAUGAAAACACCUGGCCUCCAGUCGCCUCUCCCAACACCUCCAAAGGUGGACCGGGUCCCUUCUCCAUUGCUCUCUGGAGCCAGGAAGAGGGGACAAGGAUGGUAGGAGGUGAGGGACCAAAAGGGAUCCACGAGGGCUAAGGCCACUGUCCGGAGCUACCCGGGCAGCGGGGUCAGCCUGAAUUUCUACAUGUUCACUGUGGACCAAGGAAUGCAGUGGCCAGGCGGGUGGGGAGGGGAGGGGAGUGCCGAGCCCUAAUUCCUUUUAACCAGUGCCAUUCUUACAAAACAUGGUUUUAUAUGAAUUAUACAGCACAACUUAGUUUGUAAUCUGUGGGGUAGUGCUCUUAAUGGGUUUUGCAUCAUUUCUUCGUAUAGCUCUUAUAAAGCUGAAGGCUUGGUUUUGGAUUUUUUUUUUUUUUAGCCUGCCAAUGUCGUCAUAGCAUGCCUGUGCCCUAGCAUGCGCUCUAACUGCAUGCUACACAUUCGAGAUGAAACAGCCAUUAUGAUAGCCAUAGGGUAAAAAUAGGGAAAAAAAAAAAAAAA